CCCACGCAACCACAAAAAAGCUUGAGCUCAGUAAUGGAUAGCAUGAGCAAACUGGAGAGCUCGGGCAAAGCGCUGACCACGGCGACGACCUCCUGCUCCGGCCGAGAUCGCGGCGGCGCCCAUGUCCUCCUGGUGCCGCUGCCGGCGCAGGGCCACAUGAACCCGAUGCUCCAGUUCGGCCACCGCCUCGCGUACCACGGCUUCCGUCCCACGCUCGUCACCACCCGGUACGUCCUCUCCACCUCACCAUCCGCCGGUGAGCCCUUCCCCGUAGCGGCCAUCUCCGACGGCUUCGACGAUGGCGGCAUGGACUCGUGCCCGGACCCCGUGGAGUACUGCCGCCGGCUGGAGGCCAUCGGGUCCGAGACGCUGGCGCGGGUCAUCGACGCCGAGGCGCGGGCAGGGAGGCCCGUGGCGGUCAUGGUUUACGACCCGCACAUGUCGUGGGCGCGGCGGGUGGCGAGCGCCGCCGGCGUCCCGACGGCGGCGUUCCUGUCACAGGCGUGCGUGGUGGACCUCAUCUACGGGGAGGUGUGGGCGGGGCGCGCGCCGCUGCCGAUGACGGACGGGAGCGCGCUGCGGCGGCGGGGCGUGAUCGGCGUCGACCUCGGAGCAGAGGACCUGCCGCCGUUCGUGGUGGCGCCGGACCUGUACCCACAGUACCUCAAGGUGUCGAUCCGGCAGUUCGACGGCAUCGAGGACGCCGACGACGUCUUCAUCAACUCCUUCCGAGACCUUGAACCACAGGAAGCAGAGUACAUGGAGAGGACAUGGCGCGCGAAGACUAUCGGCCCGACGUUGCCGUCUUUCUACCUCGACGACGGCCGCCUGCCAUCCAACAAGACCUACGGUGUCAGCUUCUUCAGCAGCAGUGCACCAUCAAUGGAGUGGCUGGAUGAGCAGCCCACUUGCUCUGUCGUCCUCGCUUCCUACGGGACCGUCUACCGCCUCGACGCCAAUGAGCUAGAUGAGCUCGGCAAUGGACUCUGCGAUUCCGGCAAGCCGUUCCUCUGGGUCGUGAGGCCCAACGAGGUGGGAAAGCUAUCACAAGAUCUUCGUGGCAAGUGCAGUGAGAAGGGACUCAUUGUGUCCCGGUGCCCCCAGCUUGAGGUCUUGGCACACAAGGCAACAGGUUGUUUCUUGACACACUGCGGAUGGAACUCGACAACGGAGGCGAUUGUUGCUGGUGUACCGUUGGUGGCAAUGCCGCGAUCGGCAGACCAGAUGACAGCAGCAAAGUACGUGGAGAGCGCUUGGGGGAUCGGUCUGCGGAUGCUUUCUGAUGAGAAGGGCUGUCUGAGGAGGGAGGAGGUCGAGAGGUGCAUCAGAGAAGUGAUGGAUGGGGAGAGGAAAGGGGAGUACAGGCAGAAUGCGGCAAAAUGGAUGGACAAGGCCAAGGCGGCGAUGCAGGAAGGAGGGAGCUCAGAUAAGAAUAUUGCAGAGUUUGCAGCCAAGUAUUUGUCAGCUUAAAAGCAUAUUUAGGCAGACUUGUGUUAGCAGUUGGUGCAGACCAUCUGCUCAUUCAGCUCUGAUAUGUUCAGGAAGAAAUAGAGUUCUUUCAAUUUCGGCUCUUUGCCGUCCUAAUUUGGUAAUUACUUUUUUAUGGGAACUGUUGUCCAUCGUAAACUCAAAAUUCUUUGACCUCCUGCACAAUUGCAAAAAAGAAUAAUCCAAAGUUCACUGCGAACAAGGGCGCUUGCUAA